AUGGUCUUAUAUUUACUCGUUAAUCUUGGUAACCCAGCUGGUUCAUUGAAGGCACAAUGUGGUGUGAAUUCAACCAUUGCAAUUCCAGUUCGUUUGGAUAGCGGUGUAAGUGGAUGUGUUAGUUCUCCAAGCAUAAACGCCACCGCUGACAUCUCUGGAACUCAAGGUGAUAUCUUCACUCAAAUUCAAGAUAUCAAUGGUAGAUUCCAAUAA